AUGAACCCGCGCGCCCUGUUGCGCACCUCUGUUGCCUCGUCGUCACGCGCGUUCAGCACGACCGCGCGCGCGGCGUCGCACGUCGGUUCGCGCCCCAUCCCAAUCCCGGCCAAGGUCGAGAUCCAGUACCCGACCUCCAGCAUUGACCCCGAGCUGCCGAUGGCGUCCGAGGCCGGCCAGCGCUUCGUCGAGGUCAAGGGCCCGCGUGGAGCCUUGACCGUCCCCAUCCUUCCGCCCAUCAUCCUCGACCCUCCCGCUGCCGGACAACCGCUCGAAGUGCGCGUGCACGACGAGGAGGCCAAGUCGCACCGCUCGUUGUGGGGCCUCACGCGUGGACUGCUGAACAACGCCGUCAAGGGCGUGUCAGAGGGAUACACUGUCGAACUGCGUUUGGUCGGUGUUGGAUAUCGUGCCGCCGUCGAACCCAUCCCCAAGGUGUUCCGCGACAUCCAGGCUUCUAUUCCCCGUGUGGCCAAGCCCGCCAGCCCCGGCGCACCUCCCUACGUUCUCCCACCCCUGCCGAAGGACCGGCUCAACAUCAAGCUUGGGUUCGCGCAUCCCGUGCUGAUUGACAUUCCCGUCGACAUCAAGGUCACUACGCCUGCGCCGACCAAGAUCGUCCUCGAGGGCAUUGACAACCAGAAGCUUGGGAGGUUCGCCGCGAAGAUCCGCCGGUGGCGCAAGCCCGAGCCCUACCGUGGCAAGGGUAUCUUUAUCGGCGACGAGACAAUCAAGCUCAAGGAGAUCAAGAAGAAGUAG